AUGGCGGCUGAUGCGCCCAGCUUGAUGGACAUUGUCAGUACCCUAGCCCAGGACGAUAUUCCGUUCAAGUUGCGAUGUGCGAUUUGCAACAAGCUUGCUGUCGAUGCUUUUCGCCUGCCAUGCUGCGACCAGUCAAUUUGUGAACCUUGUCAAACCUCUCUGCCCGAUACCUGUCCCGUCUGCGCGCAUACCCCAGUCUCCCCGGAUCUCUGCAAACCAAACAAAGCUUUGCGCACAACUUUGAAGGCUUUUUUACGGACCGAGGAGAAGAAACGUGAGAAGGAUCGCCAGGCCGCGAUAACAUCAAGUCCAGCCACCCCUGUUGAUCCCAUACCCGCCCAGGAAGCUGGUCCUGGUCAAAAUGGUGAAGAUACCGCAGGAGUCAGAAAUGCCGAUGCGCCUGUUGCUGCGGAACCUCAAUCCGAGAACCUCGAAGUAGAGGAUUCUACACAUCCAACGCAAGAGAGCGCCCCAGACCCAAUUUCUACAGAUGCUGUCGAGCAGUCCGCACCGCCCGAGGUAGCUGUUGAACAGACGACUGAUGGUGCUGACCAGGCCGUUGAACCCAACGAGGAUGCCCUCAACGCAGAGCCUCCUUCACAGGAUCCUCCCGCUCCCCAGGAUGCCCCUGAUACCAACUCCGCUGCAAUGACCCCGAAUAUGGGAGGCUUCUCAAUGGGUUGGAAUGGAAAUGGCAUGAAUCCUUACAUGACUGGCAUGUUCAAUUUCCCCAAUGCGAUGGGAAUGCCCAUGGGGAUGGACCCAAUGGCAAAUCAAGGGAUCUUUGGUGACUACGGGAUGAACAUGACUGGCAUGGGCAUGAACGCGGGGAACUUCAACGGGGGCAUGUAUGGAUCCUUAGGAUGGGACGCCCAGAACAACAUGUGGCAAGGCCAAGAUAAUAUCAAUCCAAACGCAUUUGCUAAUGGCACGGGCCCUCCCUACGGAGGAGCAUAUGGAUCUAAUAUCUAUCCGGAUCAGUCUGCCUACUACGGAUCAGGUUAUGGCCGCGGUGCAUUCCGAGGCCGUGGCCGUGGCUAUGGUCGUGGCUUUGGGCCGGUGCAAGGCCAUUAUGCUAAUUCAGGAUACGCACAAGGCCCAAUGAAUGUACAGGGUAAUCAAAAUCACAAUCCCAAUACUGAAAAUACAGGACAAACUGAGGAAUGUAACCCCCAGCCCAUCGAUGGAGUGCCAAAUGGUGGCAUAGGAAACAUGGGAUAUCGACAUGGCCGAUCCGAAGGACCAGGUGUGGAGGGUGCACCAGCUGCGCCGCGUGCUAUGCGGCAGGGACUACCCAACACUAGCGUUUUGCGACUCUCUGGCCGAGCUUCUGAUGAUCUGCGCCAAACCCCCCUGAAUGAUGCCUGUCGUGAAACACGAUCUCGCUCUCCGGGGAGUCGAGCUUCGCGUGCCCACUCGUCAUCUGCACAUGAUGCUGAAUAUGAUCAGGAGAACCGACGGGAGCCAGAGUUGAAGCGCAUGGACCGGGUUGACGAACUACAGUCCGAUGCCCAACACACUCGCUCGCCUUCACGGGCAUCUUCGCGUCGAUCCUCACGCCACCGUCAACAUGGAAGUGAUCGUGAGAAGGACCGGAAUGGUAGCCUUCGUUCUCACCGCUCACGCCGACACCGUAGUCGCGAUGGUCGCAGUCGCAGCCGCGCCUCAAGCCGCAAUGGAGAUGCCCGCUCCUCGGGCCGUUUGCACCGGAUUGCACGGCAGACAGAAACAAAUGGCCGAACAAAAGCACCAUUUGAAGCUCCAGAGCAACGUGACCUUACUAGCCGAAUCAACAGCAGCUACCGCCCUGACAAGGACAGAGGGAGUCGACGUGAAAACAACCGAACGCAGGCAGAUAGAGACAGUCGUCGACGGGAUCGGGACCGUGACCGUGAAAGAGACCGCCAUCCUCGGGAGCGCGAUACCCAGCGUGACAGUCGCAAAGACGGUACUCGCGAUAAAGAUCGGACUUCAGAGCGUGAGUGGAAUCGAGAACAUCCCAGAGAGCGUGAUCGUGACCGCAAGCGUUCUCGCCGCGAGCGAUCUCCCUCCACGAAUGGAAACGACCACCAAUCCCGACGUCUGAAGCGUGAAGAUGAAGACCAUACCCGGAACCACGUAAACGGAUCAGUUCAGAAAACUAAGGCGGAGAAAGACCCCUACACAUUGGAGCGGGAAAAGCGAAAUAAAGAGCGCCUCGAGCGCGAAGAACAGCAUCGCAGCCAGACCAAGUCUGGUCGUCGCCGAGACAGCCGGCAAGAUCGUCAAGAUCGUGUGGUGGCGGGCCGCCGCAUCAAUUACAAGUAUGAGGAUGAGCUCUAA